CAAUCUCUGUUCAAUUUCGGUUGAAGGGCAACACAACAAGCAAAAAGAUGGCAUCGCUACUCAGGCGGAUACCGUGGUGGGGCCGCCGACCUCCAUCGGCUCCGCGUGUCUUUGCCAACCCCAACUUUGAGAGAAUCAGCGCCGACUGCAGGAUUGAAGAGGAGACUUUUUCAGAUUACGUUGCCGCGCGGUACUACCCCGUCCACAUCGGUGAGGUCUUCAUCUCGCGGUACCAGGUGGUCGGAAAGCUCGGAUACGGCGCAUACUCGACAGUCUGGCUGGCCAGGGACUUAAACGAGCAUCGCCAUGUUGCGUUGAAAAUCUUCAUUCGAUCACAGUCGAUGGGCAGUGAUGCGGAACGUGAACUUCGCAUCUACCAGCACAUGGCUGAGGUGUCUUCCAAAUCCAAGCACCCAGGUCGCAAAGCCGUCAGGACUCUUCUCGACUCGUUCAAAGUAGUUGGGCCGGACGGCGAGCACCAAUGUCUUGUGCAUCCGCCCCUUUGGGAGAGUGUGAAAGGUCUUAUAGGCCGGAAUCCUAUCGGUCGUCUGCCGUCGCCUGUGCUGGGGAUAAUACUCCAUCGCCUUUUUCUGGCGUUGGACUUUUUACACACGGAAUGCCAUCUGAUUCACACCGACCUCAAAAUUGACAACAUCAUGUUCGGAGCGGAAGACGACUCGAUAUUCGAAAAGUUUGAGGAAGCGGAGCUGAACAACCCUUCGCCCAGGAAGGAAGUUGAAGGCGGCCGCUUCAUCUACGUCUCCCGGCAGCUCGACGCGCCGAAGGAAUUGGCGCCGCCCGUGCUGUGCGACUUCGGCUCCGUAGUCUCGGGCGAGCAGGUCAACACCCGAGACGUCCAGCCCGACCUGUAUCGCAGCCCCGAGGUCAUCCUUGACAUGCCGUGGAGCUACGAGAUAGACAUCUGGAACGUCGGUUGCAUGGUCUGGGACAUGUUCGAAGGCGGCCACCUGUUCUCGGGCAGGGACCCGGAGCACCACGCCUACCGCAGCCGGGCGCACCUGGCUAGUAUCAUUGGGCUUCUCGGGCUGCCGCCGCGGGAGCUGAUCGCGCGAGGCAAGCGCGGAGCCGAGUUCUUUUCCGAAAAGGGAGAUUUCAAAGCCAAUAUUCCGCUGCCUCCGCCGCGGUCGCUAGAGCAGAUCGAGACGAACCUGCAAGGUGACGACAAGGAACGGUUCCUGCAGCUGAUGAGGAAGAUGCUGCGGUGGGUGCCGGAGCAGCGCUGCUCCGCCAAGGAGCUGCUGCAGGACGCGUGGCUCAAGGGGCAGCUUUGAUGCCGGGUACUAGUGUAAACCUAGAGUUACUGUGUAAGCCGCCCGUUUCAAACUUUGCACCGGAUGGCCCGUCGGUGAGGGGUGUGCCUUGCAUGAAUAGCCAAACAGCCCGGGGGGGAAACACGAAGCAAGCGGGGUCGGGCCCAGCGAGGUGCGGGGCACCAGGCACAACGCCGUG